CAGGAAGGUCUUAGUGAAGCGACUACCGACAUUUACGGCUGAGGUACCGAAGGUCGAAGUCGUCCCCCGCCGUUUGCCACAGCGACUGACUUCUGUGCAAUAAAACAUGUCGAGCACAACUGCGUCUCUCGUCAACGUGACUACCUCCUUACUGGUCACCGGAAGUCACGUGAUUGGCGAGAUACUAGAAAAUGUGACACAUGCGAUGGAUCGCCAUGGAAACCUUGAUGGUUGGCACCAUGAUGAUCACGUGGAGGUCGCGGACGACCAUCACGAGGAACACGUGGACGACCACCACGCCGUAUCCUACAUCCCAUGGAACAACCCCGACAAUGUCAUUACGGCAGCACAGCGUGACUUAGGCCUGACUGUCAUCGACUGUGGCCUCGUGCCACCCGUGGUGCUAUUCGGUCUGGUCGGGAACAUCAUCACCUUGAUGGUAUUCAUACGCCAGGGAAUCAAGGAGAAGACCAACAUCUGCCUCUUCGCUCUGGCUGUCUCAGAUACUAUGUUCCUGAUCACUACUUACAUGGAGAAGGUGUCAUGUCUCGUGACAAGGAUGGACGAGGUCAUUGGCAACAACUGGGCUGCACUACUUCAUCCGCAAGGGUACUUCAUCUCUCUGUACUUCGGUCGCGUCACCAGCCUUCUCACCAUGGUGAUCGGAAUGGAGAGAUGCGUGGCAGUUCUGAGACCAUUUCAGGCGAAAACGUGGUUGACAGCGACGCGGAUGAGAUCCUGCGUCAUCAGCGUCUAUGUCAUCAUUGCUCUGUUGAUCACACCCAUGUUCUGCGUGUACACGACUCGCUGGGAGUAUGACACAAGCAUCAACCGCACGCGCAUCCAUCUCCAGACAACCAAGAUGUUUGAAGAGAACCAUCGCGCCUUUGAAUGCUACGGUGACAUCGCUCUGAGCAUCGCAUUGCGGCAGAUCCCCUGUUACAUGGUUGCUUUAUCAACAAUCGCCGUCAUUUGUGCGAUUCGAAAGCACAAUUCAUGGCGAUCAGAAACCGGGUCCGGAAAGAAGGAUUUUUCCGCACAGGAGCAGAAGUUGACCAAGAUGCUCGUUGCCAUUUCUUGUCUGUACGUCUUGUGUCUGACUCCAGGAAAUAUCCUCAUGAUCGUUCGUCACGUGAUCACCGAUAUCCACGUAGGAAGGAAGAACCACAACCUCGCCAUCGUCCUCACCGCCGCCAACGUCUUCACAGAGAUCAUCAACUCCUCCUUCAACUUCGUCAUCUACAUGUUGAUGAGUCAGAAGUUUUUAACCACGGCCAAGAAGAUGUUUGGCUGUGAGGAGGCGGAAUCUAAACCUAUUCAACCUGAGGAAUCUUCCUCCACAAAGACAACUAAGGUCUCCACAGUAUCCACUUCAGUGUCCACUAAGGGCUGACUUCGAAAAGGACAUCGACAUUCAGAUGCUAUUUACCUAUUUAAGUAUCCCCACAUCAAUAGAUGCACAUGCACCGGGUAAUUCACAAAAUCAGGAUUUACUCAUUCAACUGAAGCCAAUACAUACAGCUAGUCAGGUUUGUAGGAAUAAAAUUUAUCGUAAGAUAAGGCGCUUAUUGACCUUCCUGUGUGGAAGUUCCCCCCGUAACCUAUACUAAUACGUCUUACGUCUUACGUAGUAGUUGUAGUAGUAGUAGUAUUACUAGUGUAACUACUACUUGCUUCAAAUGGUUGCCUGAUCUGUACAUAGGAUAUACAUAGGAUAUUGCCGUGGAGACACUAUAUGUAACUCACUAACUUCAUGGGCUCAAGUAACUCGUUAACAAAUGUAACUACCUUUGUGGUUUUGUUCAAGCGUUUAUUGUUGUCCUUGGAGAGUUGGAUGUGGUUGUGGAUGUGGUGGAUGUGGUUGUGGGUGUGGUGGAGGUGGUUGUCGAUGUGUUGGAGGUGGUUGUCGAUGUGGUGGAGGUGGUUGUCGAUGUAGUGGAGGUGGUUGUCGAUGUGGUGGAGAUUGUGGAAGUGGUGGUGGUGGAGAUUGUGGA